UACUAGCUUAGCUCGAUUAGUGUUUGGCCGUUUGUUAUAUUUAUUCUUAUGGAAACAAAAACUGUAACUGUCAAUUUUCAAAUGUCAUUUGUCAAAUUGUCAAUAUACAUUGACUUGUAGUUGUUGGUUAUUAAGAUUUGAGAAUAAUAAAGAGAUUAAUAAAAAGGUUAUAAAAAAUCAAAAAUGUUUGCUGCCUUCCAAGUAGUUCCGUGGUAUAACAUUAAAGAGUGGCAGGAUGUUUAUGACAAAAUAUAUGCACAAACGUCGACACUUACUUCAAGACAAAUAGCACUAGAUCAUUUAUUAAUUUGGAAAGCCAGGUGUCCCUCUUUACCUUCCGGCAUAGAAUCAACACUGACUUUGCUUGAAGUUCACGUUCAAGAUUUAAAUAAUAAAAACAUAGAAAUAUGUAGUGACCAUUUAAUACGCUUAGCAUAUUCAUCUGCACUGAUGCGUUUUGUUAAUCAUAUGCUUGAUAAAGAAACAGCUAAAGGUCUUACAUUAUAUCAAGCUGCCAAGAAUUCGGGCAUCCCAGAUUGGAUUAUAGAAUUGCGGCAUGAUACUGCACACAGUGAUAGACUUCCUCCUCUAAAUUUGUUGAGAGAGGCUACUCUUACAAGUAUACAAUGGCUACAAAACAAUUAUUGGGAUAUGCAUAAACAAUGUAUUGAUAAUUUAGUAAUUGGAAAAUUACAGGAUGGUGGUUAUAUACAGGAUAAAAUAUCGAUCCUUAUUAAUUUUUGCAUUUCUUUAAGCAUAUGUUCUCAUUCUAAAUGCAAUAUAAAAUUUAUAUCUGAAAUUAAAGAUGCUACACUCCGAGAGUCAUUAAUAAAUGAUGCUAAAGAUUUGUUCAAUGAUAGUAUAGAUUUUAACAAUUUGAAGUUAAUUUCUAUAAAUUUUCUAGUUGAGACUAUGAAUUCAAAAACUAAGAAACUCCUUAAUAAUGAUUCAGUUUCAAACUAUGUCAAUAGAGUGUUGAUGUCUAAUGAAUCUUUGUUUUUAUCAUUGGAACUUCACAGCUUAUUAGAUAAUUAUAAUCUUGAUUGUUCAAAAUCACUCUGUAAUCAAUAUGUGCAGUGUUUUGAAGGACUGCUAAAUUUUCUACAUACAAAUGAUUUAUUACAAGACUUUGUAUUAGAGUUAAUAAAAUAUACAUACUCUGAUGAAACCAUUAAUAGAAGACGUAAACUUGCUUCACAAUGGAUAUCAGUUAUAUUAAAAGCUUUGAAGAAAAACCAACUGUUUAUGGAAAAAAUAUAUGAGACAGAAACUAAACAUGUGAGCUUAAAGAAUAAAAAAGAAAUAAAUUCUUUGUUCUAUCACUGGUUUCCAAAUAAGAAAAAGUCUUUACUUUUAGAUUUGCAUAAACCUGUACCUAAAAACUUAACAAACAUUACUUUUAUUCAGCCAAUAAUAUCAACUUACAAUCCUAAUCUUACAUAUUUCAUUAAAGAUUUACUUUAUUUAGUACAACCUUGUCUACCAAUUUCUAUCAUACGCAAAAUAUGUAAACUGGCCGAGGUAGUUGCUUCUCCGGAGAAGUUUUCAGCGGUACCUCCAAAGAUCUACACAGUAGAAGAUCUAAAGACUACAGAUGAUGCAGAUUCAUCAACUAUUAUUAUUAAUGACGAUGAAAUGAUAGAUGUCAAUACUACGCAUGAAAAUUCUAUAGAAGAAUGUGAUCAGAUAUAUGGCAUUUGGCAAAGUUCUUCUAAAAAUCAUUCGUGGUCCACAUGUCCUAUAGGGCAGUUGCCAUGGCAAUUAAACCAGCCGGAAGAAUUCAUGGAAAUCACUAGUAAAUAAACAUUUUUAUCCACA